AUGGUGGUCCCAGGGCUGGUUAAGCUGGGCGUCCACUGCAUCACGGGCCAGAAGGUCGCCAUCAAGAUCGUGAACCGGGAGAAGCUGUCGGAAUCGGUGCUGAUGAAGGUGGAGCGGGAGAUCGCCAUCCUGAAGCUCAUCGAACACCCACACGUCCUCAAGCUGCACGACGUCUACGAGAACAAGAAAUAUUUAUACCUGGUUCUGGAGCAUGUCUCUGGAGGUGAGCUGUUUGACUACCUGGUAAAAAAGGGGAGACUGACCCCCAAGGAGGCCCGGAAGUUCUUCCGCCAGAUCGUGUCAGCGCUGGACUUCUGCCACAGCUAUUCCAUCUGCCACAGAGACCUGAAGCCGGAGAACCUGCUGCUGGACGAGAAGAACAACAUCCGCAUCGCGGACUUCGGCAUGGCGUCCCUGCAGGUGGGGGACAGCCUCCUGGAGACCAGCUGCGGGUCCCCGCACUAUGCGUGUCCGGAGGUGAUUAAGGGGGAGAAGUACGACGGCCGCAGGGCGGACAUGUGGAGCUGCGGGGUCAUCCUCUUCGCCCUGCUGGUGGGGGCUCUGCCCUUCGAUGAUGACAACCUCCGCCAGCUGCUGGAGAAGGUGAAACGGGGUGUCUUCCACAUGCCCCACUUCAUCCCGCCCGACUGCCAGAGCCUCCUGCGGGGCAUGAUCGAGGUGGAGCCCGAGAAGAGGCUCAGUCUGGAGCAAAUCCAGAAACAUCCUUGGUACCUGGGUGGGAAACAUGAGCCGGACCCGUGCUUGGAGCCGACCCCUGGCCGCAGGGUGGCCAUGCGGAGUCUGCCGUCCAACGGGGAGCUGGACCCCGACGUCCUGGAGAGCAUGGCUUCGCUGGGCUGCUUCAGGGACCGGGAGCGGCUGCACCGCGAGCUGCGCAGCGAGGAGGAGAACCAAGAAAAAAUGAUCUAUUAUCUGCUUUUGGAUCGGAAGGAGCGGUACCCCAGCUGUGAGGACCAGGACCUGCCUCCCCGCAAUGAUGUUGACCCCCCUCGGAAGCGAGUGGACUCCCCCAUGCUGAGCCGGCACGGGAAACGGCGGCCAGAGCGGAAGUCCAUGGAAGUCCUGAGCAUCACGGAUGCGGGCGGCGGCGGCUCCCCGGUGCCCACCCGGCGGGCCCUGGAGAUGGCCCAGCACAGUCAGAGAUCCCGUAGCGUCAGUGGAGCCUCCACCGGCCUGUCCUCCAGCCCUCUGAGCAGUCCGCGGAGUCCGGUCUUUUCCUUCUCACCGGAGCCUGGGGCUGGAGAUGAGGCUCGGGGAGGAGGCUCCCCGACUUCCAAAACGCAGACGCUGCCUUCUCGAGGCCCCAGGGGUGGGGGCGCCGGGGAGCAGCCCCCACCCCCCAGUGCCCGCUCCACUCCCCUGCCUGGACCCCCAGGCUCCCCACGUUCCUCCGGGGGGACCCCCUUGCACUCGCCUCUGCACACUCCCCGGGCCAGCCCCACCGGGACCCCGGGGACGACGCCGCCUCCAAGCCCAGGCGGUGGUGUCGGGGGAGCCGCCUGGAGGAGUCGUCUCAACUCCAUCCGCAACAGCUUCCUGGGCUCCCCUCGUUUCCACCGGCGCAAGAUGCAGGUGCCCACCGCCGAGGAGAUGUCCAGUUUGACGCCGGAGUCCUCUCCAGAGCUGGCAAAACGCUCCUGGUUCGGGAACUUCAUCUCCUUGGACAAAGAAGAACAAAUUUUUCUCGUGCUAAAGGACAAACCUCUCAGUAGCAUCAAAGCGGACAUCGUCCAUGCCUUCCUGUCGAUCCCCAGCCUGAGUCACAGCGUGCUGUCACAGACCAGCUUCAGGGCCGAGUACAAGGCCAGCGGUGGCCCCUCCGUCUUCCAGAAGCCCGUCCGCUUCCAGGUGGACAUCAGCUCCUCUGAGGGGCCAGAGCCCUCCCCGCGACGGGAUGGCGGCGGUGGCGGAGGUGGCGUCUACUCUGUCACCUUUACUCUCCUCUCCGGUCCCAGCCGUCGGUUCAAGCGAGUGGUGGAGACCAUCCAGGCACAGCUGCUGAGCACUCACGACCAGCCCUCGGUGCAGGCCCUCGCGGACGAGAAGAACGGGGCGCAGACCCGGCCUGCCAGCACCCCGCCCCGAAGCCUGCAGCCCCCGCCCGGCCGCCCAGACCCGGAGCUGACCAGCUCUCCCCGCCGAGGCCCCCCCAAGGACAAGAAGCUCCUGGCCACCAACGGGACCCCUCUGCCCUGACCCCAGGGGGCCGGGGAAGGAGGGGAGCCCCCUCCACCCCCCUUCCCUGCCCCCCCAACUGUGAAUCUGUAAAUAGGGCCCAAGGAGUACAUAGGGAGGGGGAGAUACAACCAAGCCAGCCUCGCCCUGCAGGGAUGGGGCUCCAGGGGCCGUGCCCAACGGGGAGGGGUGGUU